AGGAACAGCGCAUGACCCGCGGCCCCCCUGGAUCCUCUCUUUUUAUGUGCGCGUAGUAACCGACCCAUCGUCAUAUUUCGUGAUUACGCUGGCGAGAUACCAGGGAUCAUGAAGGUAUUUGUCGCUCUUUCCGUGCUCUGCGUAGCCAUCGCUACUGCCCAAGCUGAAUACAACCAAUAUUGUUACCAAAGUGUAGCGAAGGCUUGCGUCUCCACCAGCAAGUCUGAAGGUAAAAUAGAUUGUAGCGCCCGCUAUGGAGGAAUCGACGGCGUCCUGUCCGACCUCCAAAAGUACGUCAACACUCAUAUCACCCGUUCCUACGAGUUCCUCCUGAUGUCCACCCACUACGCCAACUACGAGAAGAACCGUGCCGGAUUCGAGAAACUCCUCCGCGGAUACUCCGACGAAAAGUGGAACAACGCCAUCGAGCUGAUCAAGUACAUCAGCAAGCGCGGCGGUCGCAUGGACUUCAACAAAGUCAAACUGUUCAACAAGACCGAAGACUACAACGUCGUCUACGAGAUGAACGAGAUCGAGACCUUGGCUAUGGCCCUCGACAUCGAGAAGGACAUGGCUCACGAUGCCAACAAGAUCCACAGCGAGGCAUCGCACAAGAACAACGAUCAUUACGAUCCGGAGGUCCUCCAGUACAUCGAGGAGGAGUUCGCCGAGAGGCAGGCCGAGAGCAUCCGCACACUUGCAGGACACACCACCGACCUGAAGAAACUCCUCAGCGGACCGGACAGCUCUUUGGCCCUUUACCUCUUCGACGAAAUGUUGCAGAAAUAGGAACAUUAUUAACAACUC